AUGGCGCGGGAACUCUCAAUUGCGGGUCGGACUCGCAACCUGCGCGAUGUUGAGUCCAACAAAGAAGAGAAGCCUUCCAACUGGCGCGACUGGGUCUUGGUCUUCUUGUAUAGCUUUUUGGGCUACAUGUUUAUCAUCUUGACGGUGCUGACCUAUUUCAACCCGGGAUUUCUGCCAUUCGACGUCACCUCAAUAUUAUUCCGAAAGGAGAUGUCUCCCUUCUUCGCAUUCUCGCAGGGGUCGAACCAUUAUUCCAAGCCCCAGGGCUUCAAGAUAGUCGCUCUGGUUCCUUUUACCCACUAUGAGGCUACUUCAAUCCUGGACUGUUAUCUGCAGAAAAACUUGGUUCAAAACAAUGGAUUCCUUGACCAGGUCGUCUUUGUGCCGCAAACAAAUGAUGCCCUCAGCUUGGGAUGGUUGAAUUCAAUUGUUAAUGAAACACCCGAAUAUGAUAUUUCUCCAGCUGGUCAGGAUAUGGAGUGGAAAACCGCAAUGGACAAUGUGAUGUACAUUCGAAUUGACGGCGACACGGUGUUCCUCGAAGAUCACACAAUUUCAACAAUUGUCAAGACAAAGCUCGACAAUCCCAGCUCUCUUAUGGUGUCAGCAAACGUCGUGAAUGAGGCAGCUCUCGCAUCGCUUCACAGUCACCCAGGCAUUGCACUUCCAUAUCUGCCAGAGUUAUACCACCAUAUCGAUCAACUAUCGCUGUCAAAGCCCCAACUGCAUCAAGAAUGGCGAGCUUCAAGUCUCCCACACUGGCAAGGCCCUAUGAAAUUCAAAGUCAACAAGGACUUUAAGCCGCCUUUUCAAGGACACCGCUGGUUGCUGCCCACCGAUCAGAGCAUUGAACGAGAUCCUAUCUCUGCUUCAGUAUACACCGACACAGGCCCAGCCCUAGACGAGUGGACAGUCGGUGCUCAGCAGCACUAUUCAUUCUUGCACCACCUCGAAGAAAACGACUUGGGGCAUUACAAGUUCCCAAUCUGGGUCGAUCCAACCGAGCCCAUUAGCCAAAACUUUGGGUGCUUCUGGGGCAAUGAUGCGGUUGCUGUACACCACAUGUUCCGUCACAAUAGCCAGACAACAGCUUCUGAUGCAAAGAAACCGGAUGGUACUCGUCCGCAUGUCAUCAUUGAUGGAAAGGGUCUUGUUUCGCAUUAUUCUUCGCUUCAAGGUGCGGCUGGUUUGGAUACGACCGAUCUUCUAGCUCGCUAUCGAGCAUACGCAGAGGAGCGAGUGUGCUUAACGACCGAGUGA